GCCGACAUCUGCCCACUCCACUUGCACCGUGCCUUCGGUCACUCUAUCAUCCUCUCUGAAGACCCACAACAGCAUCUCCUCUGGUAUCGCCUCAAGAACGCUAUCUUCAUCAAGCCGCUCCCUCCCUGUCUGCUGCACCACGACUUCUAUCACUUGCACCUCCUUCAGCCGCAGUCCGUCCCCUCGCCAGUCAUCCUUUCAGCGAUCGGCUUGCUCGCAUCAUGGUUACAGCUCGUGCAGCACCCAUCAGACCUGCGUAUCGCCCACGAGCUCUUCCUCCUCCCUGCUGAACUAGACUGGCCCGCUUGGCUGACCUUCACCCGCGCGCUCGACCCCCGUGGUACGCUCUCCACACUCGAGCUCGGGAAUAGAUACGAUCUGGGCGAAGUGCUCAGUGUGCGCAUCUCGCUCAAGCUCUUCUUUUCCAAGCUCUUCUUUCCCCGCUCUUCGGUACUGGGUCAGGACGGGGGCGCACUCCGAAGCACCCAAUGGGCCAAAGGACAAACGACCUCAUUCUCCCCGCAUAUGAUUGGCGUCCUCAUCUUCAUCUUCGCCUUCUUCCAAACCACACUCAGCGCGUUCCAGGUCAUCGUGGGGUACUCAGGCGCCCAGCAACGUGUACUCGACACGAGUUAUUGGUUUGCCAAUGUUGUUCUCUUCAUAUGCGCGUUGUCACUGGUG